AUGGCCGCGAAUCUAUUCCCUGAAUUGCUUGAUCAAAUCUUUUGUCAUUUUCAGAACGAUUCAUCAACUUUAUUUACAUGCUCAUUGGUCUCUCGGCGUUGGUGCUCUUCAGCAAUUCCUUGGUUAUGGAAACAAUCAUUUACUAUAUGUAAAAGACAUCAACGUUACAAAUUAGUUAAAGCAUAUAUUAAUAUGUUAACGCAAGAAUCAAAACUAUCGUUAAUAAAUAGUAUAUUAACCCAGGAAGCUCGAAAAGCAAUAGCUGCUCUCGAUUUGGACCUUCCUUCAAGAAAGCCUUUGUUAUUUGAUUAUGCUGCUUUAUUACAACAAUUAGAUUAUUCUAAAAUUUUGAAAGCUUCUAAACACUUUUGGUGGAAUCAAAGGCAUAAUAGUGAUCUUGAUAAUGGUGAAUUCUUGGACAUAACAAAUCUUUCCUAUGAUACCCAAAAUAAUGAUGAUGGCUAUGAAUAUUACACUUUUGGCGAUUUUCCUGGUGCUGCUGCUUCUUAUGCCAGAUUAUUCAAUUCUUCAAAACAUAUAAUAAAAACAAACAUUUCAACUCUCGCUCAUCAGCUUUGGAAUCUUUUAAUGACUCGUUCAAGAAUAACUUGCUUGAAAAUUGAUACUUUGAAAUUGUAUACUCCUAGAGCUAGAUAUUCUCGUGACAUCGUUUCAUUACCAACUUUUACUCUUGCUGAUACUUAUCUUUCUUCUAUCCGUGAGUUUACUAUCGGUGGUGACUUUGUAAAAGAUAACAUUCUUGAAAUCAUGUCUCAACUAUGCAAAGAUGUUGAAGAAAUCAAUAUUUUUUCUUGUUCAACUAUAUUAGAAGAUAUAGAUUGGGCUCCACUAAUUCGUGCGCAAAGAAACCUGAAAUCUCUUAAACUUCGUUCAAUUCGUUAUGACCUCACUUCCUUAUUUGCUUCCUUAUCCACUCAAACUAGUUCCUUGCGUCAUGUGAAAUUUGAUGGUUGCACUUCCCAAAAAUAUUUACCGCUUCCCAUACUAUCUCGAUGUUCUAAUUUAGAAUCUUUGAUCCUAUCUUACUGUGGCGAUUAUCGAAACAAACCCGCUCUCCAACCCAUUUCCACUGAAAAAGUUUCUUCGAUAGCUCCAUUAAAGACUCUUCAACUAAAUUCUACUUAUCUAUAUAACUCUGAUUUAAUAUCUUUUAUAAUAGGUUCCAAUAAAAACUUACAGGAACUCAUUUUAGAUAUAAAUCUGAGUGAUUAUCCAUCAUUAGAUACUACAAUCGCUGAAAACUGUCCGAAUCUACGAAAAUUGAAAUCAAAUCUGUUCGGUCCUUACAUCUUAACCAUAUUGAAACACUGCCAUAAAAUUGAAUAUAUAAACAUAAAAGGCGCAUAUCAUCGUGGAAGUUCUUUAUUUCAAACUUACCUCGAACCUGGCCAAAUUCUUGAACAGAUAGCUACGACUUCUUCUGAACAAUUGAAAAAACUUGUGAUUGAUAUUUCAAGUUUAUUUACAAAUGAAGAUUUAUCAAAGUUUUUUGCAAAAUGUUGUGGAGGACUUGAAUAUUUUGGAGGUGGUUGUUAUGGAUACAGAGAACAUGUCGAAGAUGAAAUUAUGAAAUAUGCUAGGAAGUGGGGUGUGGGUGUUGUUGGGAUUAGUUAUGAGAGUCGAAGUUUUGGAACUAUAGGAGGCUCGGUAGGUGGCCUUGGAGGAUUGCUCAAUGCAUGGGGAAAUGGGAUGGGGUUUGAUGGUGAGGAUGGAAGUGAGUUUGGAAAUGAACGACAUGAAAUGAGUGUCUUUAAUUUGCAUGUUAAGUUUGGAG